AUGCACUGGCCAAGCAAUGCUUCAGCUCCUUCUUCGCUUUCUCUUGUAUGCAGCAUCGGUGCAGAGUUGUUGAGUCAGUACCCGCUGAUCACCGAAGCAGUUGGCAUAGGUGUUAGAAGCUUAGAAGAUUCUUCAUUGGUGCCGUUCGGCAUGUGGCAUAGGCAUGGAAUGAAAAGAUAUCUCUUGGGAGGUGCCGUUCGGCAUGCCUUGACACAAAAGAUGCCGUUCAGCAAGUGGCUUUGGCGCCCAUGUGGUCUUGAGAAGAGGCGCCGUAAGAAAGAAAAUUCUUCAUGUGCCGUUCGGCAGGUGGCCUUAAGAAGAGGUGCUGGAGAAGUGUCACCCGUGGGGUGCCGUUCGGCAAUACAAAAGCUGGAAGAUGCCGUUGGAGCUUUGGGAGCUGACGUAUUAAGCUUUGGAACUGCUGUAUGGAAGCUGGUGCUGGUGAGUUGUUGCCGUAAGCUUGGGAAGCUUAGGAGGCUUACUGUCGCAUCGAGCGCGCCGAAUCAUCUGAGAAUACCGAAGGCAUAUGCCGAAUCAUUGGGGGGAUGUGAAGACAUCGCACGUGCCGAAUGA